AUGGCGGACGAGACGGCCAAGGCCCUGAAGCCGAUGAAGGCGACGUCGGACGGCGUCUUCCAGGGAGAGAACCCGCUGAACUCGGCGCUGCCGCUCGCCAUCCUGCAGAUAUGCAUUGUCGUCGUGCUCACCCGCGUGCUCGCCUUCAUGCUCCGUCCGCUGCGGCAGCCGCGCGUUAUCGCCGAGAUCAUUGGUGGCAUUCUGCUUGGCCCGUCCGCGCUGGGCCGCAGCACCGUGUUCCUGAACACGGUGUUCCCCAAGCAGAGCCUGACGGUGCUCGACACCCUCGCCAACAUCGGCCUCCUCUACUUCCUCUUCCUCGUCGGCCUGGAGCUCGACCUCCGCGCCAUCCGCCGCACCGGCAGCUCGGCCCUCGUCAUCGCCGUCGCCGGGAUCUCCCUCCCUUUCAUCAUGGGCAUCGGCACCUCCUACGUCCUCCAGCAAACCGUCGCCCGCGGCGUCCCCACGGGGCCGUUCCUCGUCUUCAUGGGCGUCGCGCUCUCCAUCACCGCGUUCCCCGUGCUGGCGCGCAUUCUCGCCGAGCUCAAGCUGCUCACCACCGACCUCGGCCGCAUGGCCAUGUCGGCCGCCGCCGUCAACGACGUCGUUGCGUGGAUACUUCUGGCCCUCGCCAUUGCCUUGUCCGGCAGCGGCUCGCCUCUUGUCUCCUUAUGGGUGCUGCUAACGGGAGUCGGCUUCGUCCUCGCGGCCUUCUUCUUCCUCCGGCCUGUUCUCAAUUGGAUGGCACGGCGAUCCCCCGAGGGAGAGCCGGUGAAGGAGCUCUACAUCUGCGCGACUCUGGCCAUCGUGCUUGCCGCCGGGUUCGCCACGGACACCAUUGGCAUCCACGCGCUCUUCGGCGCGUUCAUUGUCGGCAUCAUCGUGCCCAAGGAAGGGCCCUUCGCCGGGGUCCUCCUGGAGAAGGUGGAGGACCUCAUCUCUGGCCUGUUCCUGCCGCUCUACUUCGUGUCCAGCGGCCUCAAGACGAACGUAAUGACCAUCAAGGGCGGCGAGUCGUGGGAGCUCCUCGUGCUCGUCGUCGGCACCGCGUGCAUCGGCAAGAUCGGCGGCACGCUGAUCGCGUCGCUCGUCGUGCGCGUGCCGUUGCGUGAGGCGGUCACGCUCGGCUUCCUGAUGAACACCAAGGGGCUCGUGGAGCUCAUCGUCCUCAACAUCGGCAAGGAUCGGCAUGUCCUCAACGACGAGACCUUCGCCAUCCUCGUGCUCAUGGCGCUCAUCACAACCUUCAUCACAACGCCGGUGGUCAUGGCCAUAUACAAGCCGGCGCGGCGUGGGCCGCCUUACAAGAACCGCGCCGUGGAGCGCGCGAACCCCAACGACGAGUUCCGGAUGAUGGCGUGCUUCCACAGCACGCGCAACAUCCCCACCAUCAUCAACCUGAUGGAGUCGUCGCGCGGCAAACGGAAGCGUGGCAUCACCGUCUACGCCAUGCACCUCGUGGAGCUCUCCGAGCGGUCAUCUGCCAUCUCCAUGGUCCACAAGGCACGGCGCAACGGUAUGCCGUUCUGGAACAGGCGGUGCAACGGCGACGGGGACGUCGACCAGCUCGUUGUCGCCUUCGAGACGUACCAGCAGCUGAGCCGCGUGUCGAUCCGUGCCAUGACGGCCAUCUCCGACCUGCACACCAUCCACGAGGACAUCGUCACCAGCGCGCACCAGAAGCGGGCCGCGCUCAUCGUUCUCCCCUUCCACAAGCUCCACCAGAUGGACGGCCACAUGGAGUCGCUGGGCGACCAGUACCAGCACAUCAACCAGCGCGUGCUCCACCACGCGCCGUGCUCCGUCGGCAUCCUCGUCGACCGUGGCCUCGGCGGCGCCGCUCAGGUGGCUGCCAGCGACGUGUCCUACACCAUCGUCGUCAUCUUCUUCGGAGGCCGCGACGACCACGAGGCCCUGGCCUACGGCAUGCGCAUGGUCGAGCACCCAGGCAUCGCGCUCCACGUGCUACGCUUCUCGCCGCAGAGCGACGCCGGCGACCGCGCCACCGACGACGCGUUCCUUGAAGACUUCCGGACCAAUGUGGCUAACGGGAACGAAUCCGUACAGUACGAAGAGAAGCAAGUGGGAGGGAGGGCGGAGGUCAUCGAGGCGUUCAAGGCAGCAGGGCGGUGCAACCUGUUCCUGGUCGGGCAGGGCGCGCCAUGCACGCCGCUGGCUGACCGGAGCACGGACGACUGCCCUGAGCUCGGGCCGGUGGGUAGUUACCUGGUGCUACCGGAGUUCUCAACGGUAGCAUCGGUGCUGGUGAUGAAACAGUACGAUCCCACGGCGAAGCACUACGACCUCGUCGAGGAGGUGGCCGAAAUAGCGGUGGACGUCGACACGCCGGGCCCCAGCAAUAGGGAAACGAACACCAGCUUCCGUGCUGGAUGA